AGACAAAGAAAUCUGCAAGUACAUCGGAUUGUGCAACAUCCGAAUAAAUCAUGUCGACCUUAGGAAUAUCCUGUUACGAGGAUGGGUUUCGAUUGGGUGGCCCGCCAUCGGAAUGCUCCCUCAGGAGCAAGGCGCAGAUCGACGCACUGUUCGAAGAUUCCAGAUCGAUCUGCAGCACAUUGAGCGGUUGGUACGCCGGAUUGUCGGUCGUCAUCCCGACCAACCCCGACGACUCGAGCGCUGAAGAGCAGAAAAGGGUGAACAGCGCCGUCCAGGCACGCAUCGAGGCGAUGUUCGCCUCGGUGGAGGCUGAAAGUGGAACGCCCGGUGAAUGCGCCGCCGCUAUCCUGCCGGUAAAAUAUAUGGGAGCUGCUCCGGUCGGCGGACGCGUAGCGAGUGUUCGGGGUCUUCAAGAGCCUCUUCGUCAGCUAUUGGAACGUAUAGAAGGGUGUGUCAGGGCCGAGUUGGAAAUCUCCAGGCGUGGACUGACAUACCGUACGAGCGAUAUCUGUGAGAAGAAUAAUCCCUUUCGCAGGAUAGCGGUAUGGAGUGCCCUGAAGCUGAGGUGCAAGAGAAUACCAUCGGGUGACGUGCAUCACGCCUUCUUACCUUUAGUCGGCGAUCAGGAUCAAAGAUACACGCAGACACUGGAAAAUAAACACGCUGAUCUCUACAGGACGAUGCGCGGUUUAAAAAAUGAAGCAGAAUUAUAUCCGCCGAUCUUCGCAGUGGUGAUGCGACGACCUGGGGCUGCCAGACUCCUGGAAUGUCACGGGUUCGCCUGCGAAUCCGAGGAAGACGCUGUGGUAGCUGCGGCCACGUUGUAUCGCGCUCUUCUUGCUGAUUUGGAUGCGAAUCGCCGACGACCACGUCAUGCGAACGGUGUCGGUUGCAUUAGUCUGGCCUCUGUUGCUUCCAGCGUUCGAGAACCCAGCCUCAGCAGCAGGAUGAGUUAUUUGCUGCCUCCGCCACCAAGACCGACUGCGCCUCACCCUGUGAGACCACCCAGAACCAAGAAGAGUUCCAUGAGUAGCUCCGUCACCGAGGACGAAGGAACAAAGUCUAGUUUACAGAAAAUGCCGCGUAGAAAAAAGAAAAAUUCCGACGUCAAGGCGGAAGACAUCCUUGAGGCGCGUGGAAGAAGACGAGACGUCAAGAUCGAAAAAACCAAAUUUGGACAAAGCAAUCGUGAUGUUAUAUUGUCCAGAAAUGAGGAAUUACAAAAUUCGAAGAAUAAGGCGUUUUCUACGAAGGAUAAAAAUUCCUUGAGAAUCGAGGUUGAAUCUGAAAAAAAUUACAACAGUAAUAACACGAACGAAAUCUACGAAAGACAAUCGAAUAAGUACGAGAAACUGUACAAACAGAACAAUCCGAAAAAGGAGUCGGCCAGUUUGAAAGAUAUUUACGAAAAAAAUUACGAAUCGUACAAUUUGAGUCGAGGGAACAUUGAUAAUUGCGAACGACAAUCGUAUUCUUCCAGAACUGAUAGCGUUUUAAUGUAUGAAAAAAUCGAUAAGAUCGGAAGAAACGAGACAAACUCUACUUACGAGCAAACCGACAGGAAGAAGGAAAGUAUUUACAGUUCGCGCAUCGAAGACGCUGAUAAGAUCUACAGCCUCGGAAAGGAAGAGAUUUACGUCAGCAAGGACAAUAAUAAGAACAAUAAGAUGAAAAGCUCUGAAGAAGACAUCUUCUUUGCCAAAAACUUGAAGAACAGCGGGCAUUAUCAAUCGCGUCAGGAACGUUCGGAUGAUACGAUAAAACAACAGAGACGCUCACGAGAUGCAGAGAGGAUAUAUUCCGGCAAAAGGCUCAACAGAGUCGUUACUAUGGACAAACCGUUGAAGAAGGAGCAAUCGGAUCCCGCUUAUUCGUUAAGUAUAGUCCCGGAGUAUAGUCGUCCUCGAAGAAGAAGAAGCAGAGCAGGCAGCGAACCGCCUGUCAGUCAUUCGGAGAACAAGAUUCUGCAAGAAAACGUGUUGAAGAGAUCGCAGAGUGACAUAGAUGUAGAUCGAGGCGAUCUAAUGACGAGGGUCGAGUUACCCAGAAGAGGCAGCUUCUUGACUUCCGGAAGUACUCGGAGAUCUAACAAUAUCAAAGGCGGCACUCCUUUAGGAUUCACAGAACUGUUUGAUGAAUUUAGAAAUCAGGAGGGCUUGACCAGCGUGGAUGAUAUCUUGGCGGCUAUUAUAGAUCCGGAAGGUAUGUCGUUCAACGAUCUGAAGCCACUUUACAAAGAAUUCUUACUUAAAUUGGCGGCAACCUUAACGCAAGACGAACUGUAUCAGAGAUCUGCCAGCAUCAUGAGAAGACGUCGAAGACCGCAGAGACGAAGAUCGAAUCGUCGAUCUUGUUUAUUGGGCAAAGCCAUCAAGAGAUCGGUCUCGAGAUUGAAAGGUGGCCCUACGGAAUUUACUUCUGUCAUAUUUCCGGCGAGAAGAUUGAACGAUAGCUUCGGCAGUAGUUCGUCGUGCGAUGUUAGAAACAACCAUCGAAAUCGAGUGCUGGCGAGUAGGCUCGGUAGGAGAAAAUCCUCGUGGAAGGCGACGAAAACCGGCGCGUGUCACACUACCUCGGAAGACAGCGAUACAUGUAGACGACUAAGUCGCAGUAUGGGUGCCGCCGCAAACAGAAGCAGCAGCGGCUAUGUAAGCUGCAGCGAGUGUAGCUACGACUCCGAGUCGUGCACGUGCGUAUCGGCGGACAAGUGUUAUUGCUCGUUGUCUAGACGGAUACCAGCAACGUCGGUGCCAGAGAACACGGUAAUCUGCGCUUGCGACACUGACAGUUGUUCCGAGAGCAAUAAAUGUUAUUGCGCGAGGAAGCCGAUACAGCCAACCAUACUGGAGCAACUUAGGCAGAAGGGUAUCGUGCCCUCAGAGAGCACCCUUAGCAGAGGAGACAGUCCCGAGAGGAUCAGAGGCUCGAGAAUGACCGGUAGUCAUAGCUCAUCGCGCAACACUGAUCUUCUUAAGACUCGAUCAUCGCCGAUUUGUGGUAGUUCGGAUAAUUUGGCCUUAGAUUACGAUCUCUUCAGCCCAGGAAGAAGAUCCCAGCAAUCGUCCGGCAGCGAGAAAGUUCUCGUCGUUAGCGCCAGAGAUACUCAGGGCCGUUUGGUUUACGUCGGUGGCACGGAACGAGAUAAAAAGUAUUCCUCUCGCGGUAACGGGAGAUCCGGAGCGCAUCACGAAGCGCUUUCCAUCAAGAAAAGCGCGGAAAUCGCUGCCGUCUUUGGUGCAGGAGAAAAUAAUCGGAACUCGAGAAGAGCCAGUAAUGCAUCGAGUAUAAGAAGUUCGAUCAGUCUCGAAGCCGGAUUGGGUUACUUACCUUGACAGAAG